AUGUAUGAUGAAUUAUUUGCGAAAGUUUUCGUUUCAUCAAUCAACACUGUUGAAAAUGGAAUUUCCGGUCAACCGCUGAUAGAAUGUGGAAGUGAAUUUAUCCGAUUUUCGGUCAAAACAAUAAAGCCUUUUCGAGGUAAAGUUUUCGUCAAAGGACAACAUGGAAACAAUGAUUGUAGUCGAAAUUAUAAUGGAACUGAUUUCAUCCGUAUUUCUUAUUCAGAAGAAUCAUAUUCAACAAAAGAUUUUGAUUUCAAUGCUAAGCAUGAAUAUGACAAUUCGAUAUUUACAACAGUUUCAACAACAUCUCAUCAUUGCCCGCCAUGUCCGGUAUGUCGAAAUGAUCUGAAAGAUAGCGUACAACGGGAAGCUAUGGAAAACACUGCUGAUUUACUUAUUAAACUUGGCACCUGUAAUAUUAAAUACGAUCAACAGGUGGAACCUCGUGCAAUGAUUAUAUCAUUAACAGUUGUUGUUAGCUUUCAUCAAAAUCUUCUUACCAAGCUUGAUCGAGCAUUUCAUAUUCAAUGUGAAUAUAUGGAAGGUACUAAAACGAUUGAUGCUGAUUUAAAUGUUAGUAUGCCACCAAGUAUAGAAGUGGAGUCAAAAAUUAAUUCACCACAAUGUAUUUAUACGGUUAAAAGUCCUUCCGGUAAAGUAAUCAGGAAUGCUCGAGUUGGUGAGCCUGUUGAUCAUCAAUGGAUUUGUCAGAGUCCAUUCAAAGGAGUUCAUGCAAUGCUUGUAAGGAAUUGUUAUGCAGAAUCAAAUGAUAAUUUUAAAGUUCUUGUUAUCGAUGAAAAUGGAUGUACAUUGGAUCCAUAUAUUUUACCCAAUCUACAGUAUGCAUCAGAUUUAAUGUCAGUAAAAAUACGCACAUCUGUUUUCAAAUUUCCUGAUCGUUCCGAAAUUAGUUUUCGAUGUGAUGUUCUUGUUUGUAUACGAAAUCAACAAGGUUGCAAUUUAAUUACGCCACCAAAAUGCUCUAAUCGUAAACGAAAACGUCGUGAUCUGUUCAAUGUUAGCCAAGAGAGCUUGUUUCUUCGAACACCGAGAAUUAAUAUCAUCGAUCUGGAUGAUACUAUUCAAGGAUUGGAAUCAGAGCAGUUAAUUUUAAAUCCUUCAUUAUCCGAUAAACCGUUACAAUACUGUUUAACGGUAACUCGAUUUGCAUGUUUUAUUGCAAGUACAACAUUUCUAAUUACUACUACAAUGACUAUUAUUGGUGCUUCCAUUAUUAACUCCAAAUCACAUCAUAUCAGUACGCUAUCGGCACCUGAUUUGUGA